UCCGCUGCCCCCCGCCACCCCCACCACCUCAAGAACUUAUAAAUUUCCAAACGCGCUACGAGUCUGCAAAGCCCACUCGAUCGAUCCGAGUCAGACAGUCUCUCUCCGUACACCAAGGUAUUCAACUCUUCUUCCCCCUUCUCCUCCUGUCGUGUCGUGUCUCCAUCUCCUUCGCCUGCGCGCGGCGGCGUUCCGUACCGUACACAGCGAGCGAUCAUGGAGGUGGAGGCGGCGGCGGUCUCCUUCGCCAGCACGUCGUGGUCGUUCUCUCCCAGCACGCCGGCGGCGCCGAGCGGCGGCGCGGGAGGCGGAGGCAGGAGCAUCUCCCGCCUGCUGCCGGCGCGCGUCGCCGGGGCGGUGGCCCGGGGCGUCGUCACCGUCGUCUUCGCGGCAGUGGGCGUGGUCCUCGGGGCCGUGACGGGCGCGCUGAUCGGGCUGGCCACGGAGAGCGGCCUGGUGCGCGGCGCCGGCGUCGGGGCCAUCUCCGGCGCCGUCGUCUCCAUGGAGGUCGUCGACUCCUCCGUCGCCAUCUGGCGCUCCCACGACUCGGGGAUCUGGAGCGUCCUCUACGUGCUCGACGUGAUCUGGAGCCUCCUGACCGGCCGCCUCGUGCGCGAGAAGGUUGACCCCGCCGUGCAGAGCGCCGUCGACAGCCAGAUGAACGCGGUGGACUCGCCGUUCGGGGAGAUGGCGCCGACGUUGGCGGACAUGUUCGAGACUGGCGCCGCCGGGGCGGCGAAGGGCAUGCCGGCCGCCGCCAUCGAGGCGCUCCCGUCCGUGACCUUCACCGAGCGCGCCGCCACCGGCGACGACCGGACCGGCUGCUCCGUCUGCCUCCAGGAAUUCGAGGCCGGCGAGACGGCGCGGAGCUUGCCGGUGUGCGGGCACACGUUCCACCUGCCGUGCAUCGACGUCUGGCUGCUCCGGCACGCGUCGUGCCCGCUGUGCCGCCGCGCGGUCGAGGCCGUUGCCGCGCCUGCAGAGCCCCGGCACGCGGUGUACAGUGGUUAGCUUAGCACUCUUUCGUGCUCAUGUCUUCGUCGUCGCUUUCGAGCUUGAGGACGUACGGUGUACAGAUACAGAUACUUUAGCUCCACGUGGGCUAUAUACACGCCAUGGUUGUGAAUAUGUUGUAUAGAGGUCCAUGUUGUAGAUGAUUGAUUCUUGUAGAAUUGAGUUUUUCUCUCUGUUAGUAAAAUUAUUUUUCAUUGUUCACUACUCACUAGUGUACAUAUAUAGUAUAGAAAGUCUAUAUUGCCCC